AUGCAACAUUUGUUGGAUGCCAAUCGCCGUUAAACCUCAUCGAAUAAGAAGCUGUUUGGCAGCUUUUUUACGUUUCAAUAUUAACAUUUGCCUUUAUAUUCGUGAGGUUGUUUGGCGACUGAAGUUUACUUCCAGAGGCUUGCUUCCGAGUGUCGUUGAUUAGGGUGUGGACAGAGCGCUUUCUGUGAGACCGCAGGUCCUAAGUGAAGGAGUAGGUCUAUCUGCUGAGUCACUGCAAGCAGGAAAGAGCACUAGGCUAGCGGAGCAGCUUACCGCAGAGCACCAUGACCUACCGGCUGUUUGAGGAGAAACACCAUGCCUCCAUCUACCAGAGGUACCGCUUUGUACCCCCAGAGGAGAUUAGAGACAUCAUCCUGCAUUACCUGGAAAGGAAGAAAGUCCAGCCUCAUGCCCUAGCUGUGGACCUGGGCUGUGGGACGGGGCAGAACUCACGCCUGAUGGCCCCACACUUUCAGGAAGUGGUGGGCAUCGACAUCAGCGAAUGCCAACUGGAGGAGGCCAGGGCAGUGGCAGGAUUCAACAACAUCACCUACAGGAAAGGGACAGCUGAGGAGCUGCCGUUUCCGGAUGCUUCUGUGGACCUACUGACUGCAGCCUCAGCGGCCCAUUGGUUUGACCAGCAGCGGUUCCUCUUGGAGGCAGGCCGGGUCCUGAAGCCUUGUGGCUGCAUGGCUCUGCUUGGCUUUGCUGAUAACUUCAGACUCCAUUACGGCUCAUGUGGGGACAGACUCACUGACAUCUGUGAUGAGUUCAAGAAGGUGCUGUUACCAUACACCAGCACACAGGUAGCCGUGUCCAACACCAAACUAAAGGAGCUUUACACUGCUAUCCCCUUCCCUGACAAAGAGAGGAUUGAGUGUAUCCCACUGAAGCAGCACAUCUCAGUGAGGAACAUAGUGGGCUUCAUGGAGUCCUUCUCCACGUACCAGGCCUUCCAGAGGGCCGAGCCUGAUGCUGCCACCACACUGCUGCAGAGAACACUCGACAGGUUUCUGAAGGAGAUGGGAGUCACAUCACCAGACACACUCAUGGAAGUGACGCUGGAGUAUUUCUGUGUCCUGGCGUCUAAACCGGAGUGAACACUCUUUACACUGUGAAUGUGUUUGUGUGUAGACAGAUGUUUCUUAAGCUCGUGUCAAUCAUGUUUAAGCUGUUGUUAAGUAGUAUUCUGUUCACAUAAGAUGUCAUUGAAGUCCCUUUGGUUUUGUCCAUUCUUUUAUACAUUGUAAUGUAGAGCAAACUAUUAGCCUUAGUCACAUCAUUAUCAAAAUGCUUGCCACAUUUAGUAUCUUCCUUGGCUGAGAUUGACAAUAAAAUGUCUGCAGACACAAUCAUAACUUUUGAAUAUUAUUUAACUUCAGGGCUGUAUCAAGUGUCUCAGAGUAAUAUUAGUGUGUGGAUUUUAGGAUCAGUUUUUCCUUUUAGAUCACAAUGAAAAAUAUAACAUGGGCAAGGGGGUUUCUGAUCCAAGAUUAGCACUCCUAAUCUGAGACAAUUGAUACUUACACAGCCCAAUUCUGAUUUUUUUCUUCUUCUCACUAAUUGGUCUUUUGAUCAGGUCUGAAAAAGAUGUGGUUGUGAUUGGUAAAAAUAUCAGAAUUGGGCUGACUGUCUAAACGCAGCCAUACGGCCGCAGAUGUUUUGUUGGUUUCUUUUUAAUAUGCUGUAUGCAUGGGUUCAACCCAAUUCAUUACAUUAUGCCAACUGAAAGACCUUGGGUCGGUUCUUGGACCAGUCCUUCAGAUAUUGAUUGUUUAUAAUGAACUAUUUUAGUGAGCUAGUAGGAGUAGUGCAGCUCAGUACAAAGCCUAUUGUUGUUGAUCUAUGGCUUAGUGAUCAGUGGAAUAGGGUUUUUAUCUGAGUAAGGAAACUGAACUCAUCAGGCUUUUGUAUUUUCCCACAUCAAUCACAACAGAGAAAACACCCUUUGGGAAAACAAGGUUCUGAUCCCUCCCUCUCCCAUCUCCAUGGGACUUCUUAUUGGUUCUGACACACCACACAGCUCUCUUUGAACCCACGUAACCCAGGCUCCCUUCAUAAACAUCCUCAUUAGCAAACAACCCACAUUCCUUAUGAAGCCGCUGCACCGCCCCUUUCUCUAUCUCUCUCAUAUUAGCCUGGCCAAGCACCUAGUGGUUUCCCUGAACUGGCCCUGUGAGGUAAGGGAAUCUCCUGAUCACAUUCCUUAAUGUGGCCUCCACACCCCAGUGAGAAAGAGUUUUCCUGAAUAAAAACAACUUAUGAAUAGCACGUCUAUUUCUGGGUUGGAGAAUACC